AUGAAGGUGUAUCCUCAAUUGCUAGUAAAUUGGUAUCCCGUUAAGAGACCAGAUUUGAAUAUGAAGCAACCUGGUGAAUUUCAAAGGCUUUUUGAUGCCGAAACGCUUAUGGUCCAUCCCACUCCCCAUUCCCAUCGACGUUCUAACGCUCUUGAUAAAGCUGCCUUUCAUGUUCGUCAAAUGGCAUACUUUAAUGACCUUUUAGAAGCCUUUGGUUUCGUCUUUCAUAGUUCUUGCUACCAUUUGUGCGUUUUUUCUCUUAUAGGCAUCUCUAAGAAGAUGACUCUGGAAUAUACUACCGAUAAAGAGAGCGAAACCAAUGUCAAAAUGGCGGCUACUAGUGGCCAUACUGAAUGCAAUCAAAUUUAUCCGGAAGUUCAAAAAGACAUCAUUGGCAGUUGA